AUGGCUACUUCUGCCCCGCUGGCCAUAGCUGUCCUGUUGGCUCAGCAAAUGAGGUGCCUUGUGAGCCUGGCACUUACAACCCUGCUCCUGGAGCAGCCCGCUGCUUAUUAUGCCCCAAAGGGAGCAUGUGUUCCUCCUCAGCCACUCAAGAGCCCUCGAUCUGCCCAGCUGGUGAGGAUGGAGAACACGCAUUUCAGUCAUGUUUGUCCUGUUGGGACAGCCGUGCCUCAGCCCUGCCCAUUAGGGACUUUCAGCAACCAGACGGGCGCUUACUUUCUGUCCGUCUGCACACCCUGUCCCUCUGGAGUGUACUGUAGCUCAUAUGGAGCCUCCACACCACAAGGCUUUUGUCUCCAGGGUUAUUUCUGCCAAGGAGGAGCCAUGGAGCCAACACCUCUGAGCUCUAACAACUUCCCCAGGAAUGGCCCUUGUCCUGUGGGACACUAUUGUCCAGCAGGGUGCCUCUCUCCAGUCCCAUGCCCCCUGGGCAGUAUUCGAAACACCACAGGAGGUGUGUCCAUGGAGAGUUGUUCUACCUGUCCUGCAGGACAAUACUGCUCCACUGAGGGUCUGUCCAACCCCAGUGGCCCCUGUGCUGCUGGUUUCUACUGCCCCUACGACUUCUCCUCCGCCACUCCAUAUCCCUUCCUCUGUCCCAAGGGCCACUACUGUCCAGAGGGCUCUGCCAUGGCCCAGCCUUGUCCCACAGGUGAAUACCAGCCAAACCCGGGCUCAGAUAGCUGCAUCCCAUGUCGCCCUGGAUUCUACUGUGAGGAGGCCAUAGUGGGAGAGCCAUUGGCCUGUCCACCACACUCAUUCUGCCCUGCAGGUACCAUGGUUCCUCAGCCCUGCCCUAAUGGGACAUACACUCAUUCAAACCAGGGAGGGCUUCAAGAAGAGAGAGAGUGUUUACCCUGCCCUCCUGGGAGGUUCUGCAGGGCUGGAAGGAUCCAGGGUGUGUGUGCUGCAGGGUAUCUUUGUGUGUCUGGGAGUGCAGAGUUCACCCCUCAGACACCAAUGUUUAACCUGACGCAAUGCCAGUGGGGCAUGCAGUGUGCUGGGCCUUGUCCUCCAGGGUUCUUCUGUCCUGAAGGCAUGGUGGAGGCUCAGUCGUGUCCUGUAAAUACUAUCAGAACAUCCCCAGGUGGUGCCAGCCUACAGGACUGCUUAUCCUGCCCACCUCAGCAUUGGUGUAAACCUGGAGACCCAGUGCUUCAUCUGUGUCCUGCUGGUCAUUACUGUGACGGUGUGCCUGGCAGUGAUUUCACAGGAGGACCAGGACCCAGGCCGUGUCCUGUGUUCACCUAUCGAGCUUCACCUGGAGCAGGCAGCAAGGGGGACUGCUUACCCUGCCCCCCUGGUUCCCACUGUAACAGCACAGGAUUUACAGACUACUCCAGUAGUCCCUGCCCACCUGGUUUUUGGUGCAGUGGGUCUGGACCCCCCAUCCCCUGCCCUGCUGGCACCAAGAGGCCCCUUCCUGGAGCUGCUGCACCCAGCCAGUGUGAACCAUGUGCGGGGGGGACCUUCUGCCCAGAUCCCCGGCUUACAGGAAAACCUAAUGUGGAGGGAAUCCCCUGCAGGGCCUCAUAUCAAUGCCCUAUAGGUGCAGUCUCAGAGAUGUUGUGCCGAGCCGGCUCAUUCUGUGGACCUCAGACUGCAGAGCCUCCCGUCUGUCCUGAAGGUUACUUUUGCCCUGAGGGAUCCCAGUCCUACCACGACCCCAAACAACUCUGUCCAUUCCCCUACUACUGCCCAGCCAACAGCUCGGCCAUGAAGUCCUGCGAGGGGGGUUCCAUGCCCAUCAACACCAGUGGGCUCAGAGGAUCUAAAAGCAUCUGCUGUAGUGUAUGUGAGGGGGGCACCUAUCGUCCUUACCUCUCUCCCAUCCUACAAUGCCUUUCAUGUCCACCAGGAUACUUUUGCCCACCAGGUACAGACCACUACAAGAGUAACGGCUGUCCUUUAAGUUAUGUCUGUCCCAUGAGAUCAACCCAACCAAUACCCUGCCCGCCUGGCACCUUUGGAAACCAGACUCAUGGUGAAACAAUAAUGGGUGACUGUCACCCAUGUCCAGUUGGCACCUUCAACCACCUGCCAGCUCAGAAGGCCUGCUUCCCCUGUGGCAGCUCCUCCAUCUCACUAGCAGGUUCUUCUUCUUGCACCUGCCUCGGUAAGAAUCGUGCGUUCCACCCCUCGGAUGGUUCAUGUUUAUGCAGAACUGGUUUCAUCUUCUACAAUGAACUAGAUUUCAAAAGCUUCACCUCCGACAGUGAGUUGGACUGCCAGCCUGAGGUGAGCAAACGAUGUGCAACAGGUCAGGUACGUUUGGCAUCAUCCAGAGACUGUGUGUCACCUUCCCUCCACUCCUGUAAUAUCACCUGUGGACCACAUGGAGGAAAUCUGGAUGUAGAGAUGGGCAUCUGCCAGUGUGAGCGAUAUGUGUCUGCUGAGGAGCUCUGCAACACUUCCUGCCUUUCCAGGCUGCCUCAGUUCUCUGCUAAGAUAUCGACAGAUGGAAACCUGCUGCUGAGCCUCAAAGAGAGAGAUAGCAUGGUGUGGGUCAGGACUUUAAUGAAUGUUUUAGGACCAGAUAUCCAUGCAAAGAAUAUUGGUAAAAUCCAUUUGGUCCAGUUUGACCCUGAAGGAGUUUUUGGUUGGAUUCCCACACAGACAGAACUUAUCCAUCAGUUCCUGUCAGAGCCAUUGCAAUUCCAUGAUACAAGACCGAGACAGAGGAGAGACACAAAACUUGAUGAUGAUGCCAACUUAGCUGUCCUUCCUCGUAUCCCAAACCCCAUUGCCUGUCUGACCUCUGGCGACAUGCUCAUUUUCCUAAUCACCAUCAACCAAACUGACCGCCGGCACAGCCACUUCCCAGUGUAUCAGAAAGACCACCUGUUUAACAGUAACCCUAGCUGGGACUUUGGUGCCUUCAGACGUCUACAGCUACUCAUGAAGCAGACAAGCGUUAACGCUACAAGUUUCGCCCAUGUGUUCACAGAGACAGGGAAGUAUACAUUUGUUGACAGUGCGGUCCCAGAGUGGAGUUUGGUGGCGGUGAUCAGCGAGGAGGGGACGGAGUGUGACCCUCGGGCGUCGGUCUUCCAGCCAAUGACGCCGGCACAGCUGGUCAAACUCGGCAUUGUCAAGCAGCACAGACUCAACCUGCUUCCUGACUGGGGAGUGAUAGCAGGGAUCCUGAGUCUGCUGCUGGUUGUAGUCGUGGUUUUGACCAGCACAGUGCUGGUUCUGCGACCUGGCAAAGCAAAACUCGUCUCCCAGUGGAGAAUGAAGCCAAAGUGGCGCAGCCUCGGGGAGCCCAUCUGUCCAGUGGACUGUACAUGCAGUGCAGAGAGCAUAGCUGUUCCAAGCCAUGGAGGCUUUCUGGGCAGCAGGGGUGUUGGAGAGGGAGCAGAGGCUGAGGAGCCUGUCAUAACAAAAGGAGGAAGUGUGUCUGGACGUUUUGAUCUGGAGGACUUCAAUGUCAAGACUCUUUACGAUAAGCUAGAGGAUCAAAACCUCCACAUAGCGUCACAACUGGCCCGACACCGCAAAGACACGCAGGAGUUUUACAGAAAUAUUUGUCAACAGGCUGAAACCCUUACUAAUGUCUUUGAGAAUAUGGACGGCAAAAAACUGGGUCAUCUUAAAGAGCUGCUGGCAAAUAAUUCCAUGACGGAUAAACCGUCUAACAGCAGUGCAGCAGAGAGAGACACACAAGGCAAGGUUUUUUAAUCUCUUCCCGCCAAGUCACUUGUUUAUAUUCUCCUUCUUAUGAAGUCCAAUGAUAUGAUUUAAGCUUUAUAAACAUCUUUACAAUGCACAUGGAAAUACAUCAUUAGCUGCUUGGCUAAUAAGCACAAAGAAGC